GGGAAGGUGGCGCCGUGGGGGAUGCCGGGAGUUGUAGUCCUUGCCCUUGUCGCGGGGGGGUGGUUGUGUUCGCGCUCCCGCCUUGCCUGGGCCCUGCACAGGCCUCGCCGCCCAAUCCUCAGCGCGUUCCGCUCCCUUCAGUGCGGCGCUCGGGAGGCGGCGCAAGGACCCUACAAAGCCGCCGCUAGCGAGCGGAGCGCGGGGGAGUCGUGCGGGCCGCUCCGGUCGGGGCAGGAGUUUCUGCGGCGGGCCUGUUUUUCAGACGUUUUAGCCAUGACUAAAAGAGAUGCAGAGGAGUUGAUAGAAAUAGAAAUUGAUGGGACUGAGAAACAGGAGUGCACUGAAGAAAGCAUCGUUGAGCAGACGUACACCACAGCAGAAUUUGUGAGUCAGGCUAUUGACAUCAAUGAACCAGUUGGAAACCUUAAGAAGUUGUUGGAACCAAGACUUCAGUGUUCCUUGGAUGCACAUGAAAUCUGCCUGCAAGAUAUCCAGCUGGACCCAGAUCGCAGUCUCUUUGAUCAAGGAGUAAAGACAGAUGGAACAGUACAGCUUAGUGUACAAGUAAUAUCCAGACAAGGAAUAGAGCCUAAGUUAAACAUCCUUGAAAUUGUAAAGCCUGUGGAAACUGUGGAGGUAGUUAUCGAUCCGGAUGCCCAUCAUGCUGAAGCUGAAGCUCACCUCGUUGAGGAAGCCCAAGUGAUAACCCUAGAUGGCACAAAACACAUUACAACCGUUUCAGAUGAGACCUCUGAGCAAGUGACCCGAUGGGCUGCAGCGCUGGAAGGCUACAGAAAGGAGCAAGAACGCCUUGGAAUACCCUAUGACCCUGUACAGUGGUCAACAGACCAAGUACUCCACUGGGUGGUAUGGGUGAUGAAGGAGUUCAGCAUGACUGACAUAGACCUCAAUACUCUUAGUAUUCCAGGCCGAGAGUUAUGUAGCCUCAAUCAAGAGGACUUCUUCCAGAGGGUCCCUCGGGGAGAAAUCCUUUGGAGCCACCUGGAGCUUCUUCGAAAAUAUGUAUUGGCUAGCCAAGAACACUCUGGAGAAAUAGCAACAGUUACUAUUGAUCAGCCUGUGCAAAUUAUUCCAGCAUCUGUACAGCCUGCUACCCCAACUACCAUUAAAGUAAUAAACAGCAGUGCAAAGGCAGCUAAAGUACAAAGAGCACCAAGAAUCUCAGGAGAAGACCGAAGUUCACCUGGGAACAGAACAGGAAACAAUGGCCAGAUUCAGCUAUGGCAGUUUUUGCUAGAACUUCUUACUGACAAAGAUGCUCGAGACUGUAUUUCUUGGGUUGGCGAUGAAGGGGAGUUUAAACUGAAUCAACCUGAGCUGGUUGCACAGAAAUGGGGACAACGUAAAAAUAAACCCACCAUGAACUAUGAGAAGCUUAGUCGUGCUCUGCGGUAUUACUAUGAUGGCGAUAUGAUCUGCAAAGUACAAGGCAAGAGGUUUGUGUACAAAUUUGUCUGUGACUUGAAAACUCUCAUUGGCUAUAGCGCAGCAGAGCUGAACCGGUUGGUCACAGAGUGUGAGCAAAAGAAACUGGCAAAGAUGCAACUCCAUGGCAUUGCACAGCCAGUCACAGCAGUAGCACUAGCUACAGCAUCCCUGCAAACCGAGAAAGACAAUUAAGCACUCGGACCUGAAAGUGGGAGCCUGAGGCCUUUCUUAUAUACCCAGAGCAGUUAUCUUUAUCAGAAUUGGAAGCUUCUUUUUAUUCCCUGACAGUACAAUAUGAUGCAUGAUUUUCUACAAAGAACUGAGACUCCCAUAAAUUUGGAUCUUUAACAGCAUAUAUUUCAGUGUAUGUUAAGGGAUCACCACAACUUCUUCAAUAUGAAGAAUGGCACACUGUGUCAUGUAGUUUGCUGAACUUGGUGAGGAAAGCUGAACCGGUUCAUGUUGUGUGUCCAGCCCUACAAAAUACUUGUUCCAGCAUUUUAAGAAAAGUGAAGCAUCUAUAGGAAAUAGACUGGUCAAUAGUUUGAAUUCAACCCUUUCUGCUGUUUUUUUCUCUAUUGAACUACAAAAUGGAAUUGGAUGCGUACACAGUUAAAGCAGGAGCUGCCCUUAAACAUGCCUGUUAAUCUCAUUUAAUCAAGCAGAGCAGAAAGAACAGACACAUUAAAAAAUAAUACAAAGCAUCAAGUCAUUAAGAUAAUUUCUCUGUUUAUAAGCAAAGAAAACUAAGAAUAGACUAAACUGAAGAUCAGUGCUGAAGAAAGAGAUCCAGGUUUCAGUCUGGCUUACGUCAAAAGCCAAUUAUGAGUAUUUCAUUGUAAUGUGUCGCUAACAUGCAUAUACGAGGGCAAAUUCUUAACUUUUGAAAAAUGUUGUGC